GAGACGGGAAAGCGGAUCGGUGGAUUAGCAGUAUUAUCAGGGAGCGGGGUGGCGGCGAGCUGGCUAACUGGCUAUCUCUCAUAUUCUGCUGUGCUGAUAACAAAACGCCGAUCGCGUUAUAAUAAUGUCUGCAGCGCCGGCGGAGAUGAAAGAGAAUAUUGAAGCAAAUUCCAGGUGGCUGGAUGCACACUAUGACCCGGUGGCCAACCUCUACACCUUUUCAUCCUGCAUUGCUCUGGCUGACCUGCAGGGAGACGGGGAGAACAAGCUGGUGGUGGGUGACCUGGGCACCGGCGCCUGCAACAUGAAGCUGAAGGUGUACCGAGGAACCAGCCUGAUGAGCGAGAACACGCUGCUGGACCUGCCCACAGGCCUGGUGUCUUUCCUCAUGGACCAGCACGAGCCGCGCACGCCCGCCGUCGCCGUGGCGUCCGGGCCCUUCAUCUACAUCUACAAGAACCUGCGGCCCUACUUCAAAUUCACUCUGCCCACCCUGGAGGUCAACCCCCUGGAGCAGGACGUCUGGAGCCAGGCCAAGGAGGACAUGAUCGACCCAGUAUCCCUGAAGGAAAUGCUGGAGGGCAUCCGGGACAAAGCUGAAAUACCUCUCUCUGUCAGAUCCCUGAAGUUUCUUAUGCUGGAGCCCCAGGAGAUGGAGGCCUAUGUCAAUCUGCAUAAGCAGCAUCCAAUUCGCAGACAGACAGUCAUCACCUGUAUCAGUACGCUGAAGAAGAACAUGGCUGAUGAGGACGCUGUGAGCUGCCUGGUGAUUGGCACGGAGAGCAAAGACGUCUACAUCCUGGACCCAGAGGCUUUCACCAUCCUGUCCAAGAUGGCUUUGCCCAGUUCUCCUACCCUGAUGGACGUCACGGGGCAGUUUGACAUCGAGUUCCGCAUCACGGUGGCCUGUCGCAACGGCAACAUCUACAUUCUGCGCAGGGACUCCCCCAAACCCAAGUACUGCAUCGAGCUGACCUCUCACCCGGUGGGGCUGGUGCGGGUGGGCAAGAACGUGGUGGUGGGCUGCGCUCAGGAGACCCUGCAGGGGUACACACAGAAGGGGAAGAAGCUGUGGACGGUGUACCUGCCCGCUCCGGUCACCACCAUGGGCCUGAUGGACCAUCACACCAGGGGUUUCCAGGCCGUGCUGGUGGGCCUGGCCAACUGCGAGGUCCACCUGUACCGUGACAAGAACCUCAUUAGUACCAUCAAGACCCCGGACGUAGUUACCAGCAUCUGCUUCGGGAGGUACGGCCGAGAGGAUGGAACCCUUAUAAUGACCACCAAAGGCGGAGGUCUGAUGGUGAAGAUCCUGAAGAGGACGGCGGUGUUUGAGGACAAAGACACGGCCCCCGGACCCCCCCUGGCCCAGAGCAUCCGUCUCAACGUCCCCAAAAAGACCAAGCUGUAUGUGGACCAGACCAUGAGGGAGCGGGAGAAUGCAGUGGCCAUGCACAGGGCCUUCCAGAUGGACCUAAGCCGGCUGCGUCUGGCUGUGGCGCGGGCCUACGUCAAAGCUCUGGAGUCCAGCCUCACACCCAUGUCUGCCAGCCUAUCAGAGCCACUCAAGAUGAACGCUGUGGUUCAGGGUCUGGGCCCGUCCUUCAAGCUCACCCUGAACAUACAGAACACGGCAGCUUGCCGUCCCGUCAUGAACCUGGCCGUCAGCUUCCUGUACGACGAGUCCCUGUACAGCAUGAAGACCGCCUUCUUCAAGAUCCCCCUGCUGGUCCCUGGGUUGAACUACCCCAUCGACACCUUUGUGGAGUGCCUGACUGACAAAGGGAUCUCUGACAUCAUAAAGGUGUUUGUUCUGAGAGAGGGAAAGAGCGCCCCCUUGCUGACCGCCCACAUCAAUAUGCCUGUAAGCGAGGGGCUCGCACUCGCCUGAGACUCCAGCAGCAGCCCAUGCACAUACAGACUCUCUCACACACACACACACACACACACACACAC